AUCCACAUCCGCCUCCUUGCCCAUCUCCCUUGUGCACACUACACUACCUAGCCCUUGCCCACGAUGCCAUCUGUCGAAGGGUGGCUGCGCACGUCGCGGUACCUCAAGAGCCGUCGACCCAGUCCCCGUGUCCUGCUCCUCUCCAUCUCGAACCCCCCUCACAACCUGCUGAACGGCGAUGUGCUCUACGAGCUGUCCAAGGUGCUCAAGAUGCUCAGUGCCCAGGAGACGGGCGUCGUCAUCCUGACGUCGAACAUCGACGACCUCUUCAUCUCCCACUACGACGUAUCCGAGAUUGUCGACCUCGCCUCGCUCGUCCCCGAGGGCUCCCGCAUCCCGCCCUCGGUCAUCCGCGGCGCCCUCUACGUCGAGAGCUGGCUGCACACCUUUGGCCUCCGGCCGUGGAUCCGGCGGAGCACCGUCGCGGGCCUCGCGAACCUCAACUGCUACCACGAGGUGCUGCAGCUGCUGCGCAGCAUCCCCCAGGUGACGAUUGCUGCCAUUAACGGCCGCGCGUUUGGCGGCGGCUGCGAGCUGGCCCUCGCGUGCGACUUCCGCUUCAUGGUCGACACGCCCGCCGAGGGCAUCCCCGGCGAGGCGCGCGGCAGCGGCCUGGGCCAGCCCGAGAUCACGCUCGGCCUCAUCCCCGGCGGCGGCGGCACGCAGAUGCUGGCGCGCAUGCUGGGCCCUGCCAAGGCGCUCGAGAUCUGCCUCGAAAAGACGCUGCUGACGGCCGAGGAGGCGCGCGAUCUUGGCCUCGUCAAUGCCCUCUACAGCCGCAAGGAGCUGAUGCCAAAGACGUUUGAGUUUGCGGAACGCAUGGCGCGGCGUGCACCCGCCGCCGUGGCCGCCAUCAAGGACAGCGUCUACGAGGGCGCCUCGCGGCCCAUCAUGCAGGGCAUGCGGCGCGAGAACGGCAACUUUGGCUCCUGUGCAAUGGAGCCAGAGGCGCUCCUCGCCAUGAAAAAGUACCUCGAGCAGCAGGACGACAUCCUGGGCGACGACACGCUGCAAAAGUUCCAGCCGCUGCAGGACGGCACGUUCUCAGAGUUCCGCCCCAACUCGGCCUAUCUCGAAAGGCAGUGGAGCCGUGUGACACCGCGAACGCCGCGCCAGCCCGUCGAGGAGCUCGUGCAGAUCCGGGAGACGGCCCGGGCGAGGAUCAAGGAGAGGGCAAAGGAGCGGGCCAAGGCAGCAAAGGCCAAGUAGCCUUGUACUGUACUGUACUGAGCACCUGUUUGUGGCACGGCUGUAGCGCAGAUGUAGCAGGGAUGUAGCACGGCUCUUUCAUGACAAUAGCAC